AUGAUUGCACAGAUAUAUGUGGAUGACAUAGUGUUUGGGGGAAUGUCUGAUGCAAUGGUAAAACACUUUGUCAGUCAAAUGCAGACUGAGUUUGAAAUGAGUAUGGUUGGAGAAUUGACUUACUUCCUUGGACUUCAAAUCAAGCAAAUGGAAGAGUCCACCUUUUUGUCUCAAAGAAAAUAUGCCAAGAUCAUAGUGAAAAAGUUUGGAAUGGAUAAUGCGAGUCACAAAAGAACUCCUGAACCAACACAUCUAAAGCUAUCCAAAGAUGAAGGAGGCAUAAGUGUUGACCAGAGUUUGUAUAGGAGCAUGAUUGGAAGCUUGCUAUAUCUAACAGCCAGCAUACUAGAUAUUGCAUUUGCAGUUGGAGUAUGUGUCAGAUAUCAAGCAGAGCCAAAGGUAAGUCACUUAAACCAAGUCAAAAGAAUCUUCAAAUAUGUAAAUGGAACUUCUGACUAUGGCAUAUUGUACACUAACGGGAGUGACCCUGUUCUGAAUGGAUAUUAUGAUGCUGACUGGGUUGAAAGUGCUGAUGACAGAAAAAGCACAUCUGGAGGAUGUUUCUUCCUAGGAAACAAUCUUAUAUCAUGGUUUAGCGAGAAACAAAAUUGUGUCUCAUUAUCAACUGCUGAAGCAGAGUACAUAGCAGCUGUGCUAUCAACAUCUCCAAAAAUCCAAUUCAGCAUAGCAGAACCAAACAUAUUGAUAUCCGACAUCACCUUUAUUAGAAAACUCGUCGAAGACAAGGUAAUUUGCUUAGAACAUGUAACCAUAGAACUUCAGCUAGCUGACAUCUUCACAAAAGCUUUUGAUGCUACACAAUUUGAAAACUUGCGGAGCAAGUUAGGAAUCUGCAUCCUUGAAGAAUCUUAA